UCAUAUAUUUCCGUUUCUGCAUAUUCUGCGUCUCUCUUUUCUUUUAACUUUCAGUUGCCGACAUCAUGUGUGGUAGUCUCAUUAGAACAUCGUUUUCUGCCUUCACAGAUAUCAGCUGCAUGAAUGCUAUCAGUCUAACUCAUCCAGUCAAAGCUGAAACAGCAUCAUUAGAUGCUACAAAGAAUGAACUCUUAACGGCUUUGGACUUGAGACUCGCAGCAUUAAAGGAAGAGUUAAUUGUCGCUUUCAAUAGUGCUGCUAGUGCCACCUGCUUUGGCAACCAAAUUUUUGAUUUGGCAUCAUUUGCUCAACAUUUUGGGGCAACAGAAUUAAGGAAGUCAUUGUUGAAGUUCUUGGAACUGUGUCCAAAUAUCCAUGCUAUUGACUCCUUAAUGCAUCGUCAGACUAAUGAUUCAGUAAAUAUCAACCGAAUGGAGACAAAAAGUUUUUCACUAAAAGAAAAAACUGAUGUAGUUAAAGCUGCAACAGCCAAUGUUUUUCCUGCCAAGGUUGUUCAAGCUGAGCAAGAGAGCUCAUCUGAAAUUGCGGAUUCCUCAGAUUCAAGUGAUGGAGAUAACCCCUCAGCUGAAAGAAGUCGACUUGUUGUAAGAUCUGCAGCACCUAGAAGAUCUGCAUCCCCAAUGCGACGCAUUCAGAUAGGUAGAGCUGGUUCUCGGAGAUCCCUUGCACUUACAAUUAAGAGCCUUAAUUACUUUCAAUCAUUAGAAAGAGCUAUAUCUAAUCGAGAUGCUGAUGCAAGGGAGAAGGGGGAGGAAGAACUGGAACAUCUCCCAAAGAAGCCUGAAAAUAAUGGGAGGAUGAGCGUUAAGGAUGCUAUCAAUCUUUUUGAGAGCAAACAGACGGUUCAAAAUUCAGAUUCUCAAAAAAGGAAAACUUCAGAGGUAUCAAUUAGUGCAAACAAAUCUGUUUUAAGAAGAUGGAGUUCCGGAAUGGGUGAUUCCUGUAAUUAUUCAACAAAGGAAAAUCCAUUAGAUUCUUCUUAUGAAAUUGCUCUAGGCAAACUGGAUCCCGAAAGAGAAGACAAGAAGGAAAAUGAUUUGAAGGAUGUUCCUUCAAAUCCAGAAUUUGCUCCCAUAUGUAUGGCUGCAGAAAUUGUCGGGACUGUACCACUUCAAGGUACCAUUCCUACUGAAACUGUUCUUUCAACAGAAGGUGUGGAUAGCAAAGACCAAUCAUCAGCAGCUGAUUGGAAUCGUCAAAAAGAGGCAGAAUUGAAUGACAUGCGUAAGAAAAUGAUGAUAGGUAACAAUCCUACAAAAUACAGUACUGUAGAAGUUAGUAAGGAUGAGGAUGUGUUGAAAGAUACAUCUCUUGAUCAAAGAGGGGGAUUUUACAGUCAAUAUAGUGAGAGAAGGAACCGGAAACUUCGAUCUGAGAAUGCCAGGAACCAUGGGAAGGAAGAACAAUUUAAGUUGACACAUGUGAAACCCGGUAAAAACAAAGCAGCAAUGGCAUCCAGAGUCAGUGGUUCUGCUUUAAAACGUGAAUCCACAACUCUGUCUGGAAAACCAAGAAAAAUUUCUUCUCCACCCGUUUUAUCAAAGAAAGAAAUUUUUAAGCCAACCAACAAAAACAAAGUUUCUUCUAAAUCAUCAUCGUCUCUGCAAACGAGGAGCUCUUUCCCUCUUGGAUCUUCGGAAAAAGUGGUUGAUACAUUGCCAGCUAAAAGCCCUCCUACGGUUUCAACUGGCAGUAUUUCAAGCCGCCAAAAAUCCCAGUCUUCGAUUUCUCCAGCUCUGCCUAGCCCCAGGAUUAAGAAUUCUCAACAUAUGGAAAACUAUAACAGUGCCACUAGCGUCCAAGCUAGCAUUAAGCCAAGUUUGUUUGGAAAGGAACAUAAAAUAGUGAAACUAGUGAAAAAGAAUAGCACAGAUGUGAAAUCUAGAAAUCCAUUUUCUCGUGAAGAUUGUGGCACAUUUCCAUCCAAAUCAACUGUUCAGGGAAAGUAUACGAGGAAAAGCAGUGUAGUACCACUGGAAUCAAAACUCUUCUUGAGAAAAGGUUCUGGAAUCAUUCCAGUCAAUGGACCUUUAGCUGCUAAAACAAAGGAUGCUAGAGUUUCAAAGCCUUCUGAUUCCUUAAAAAAUAUUGAAAAUAUUGUUCUACCUGAUGAACAGGAGUUCAAUCAUUCACAAGUGAACUCAACAAUCAAGGUAAUUGAGGAUCUUGUCCAACCAACAAAUGUUGUAGAUAAAACUUUAGCUGCUCCACAUGAUAAUGAAAGUGAUAAUAUUGAAACCAUGGACAGUGUUGAUGGGAGUUUGACAAUAGUAGACACUGAUAGCUGGAGCCUGGUAGAGUUUACCAUUACUGAGAAUCAUAAAGAUAACGAUCUGGGCAUCUCAUCUGCUGCACGGGCAGAGGCAGAAAAUGAGGAAUAUUCCGUGUCAUCUAAUAAUAAGCAGCAUCAUGUUGUUUCUCCUAUAAUCGCACCAGUAUCAUCAUCAAGUCCACUGGUGCGUCACUCAUUGUCACAAAUGCUUCAGGCUGACAAUAGUGGACGAGAGAUAAGUGAGUGGGGAAAUGCUGAGAAUCCUCCUUCUUUAGUCUAUCAAAAAGAUGCCCCUAAAGGGUUGAAAAGACUGCUAAUGUUUGCUCGUAAGAGUAAGGGAGAGGAUAAUUUGAGCCCUUCAGUUUUCUCUGAAGGAGAGGAAGAGGAUGAAGAAUCUAAAGCACCCAUUAGGAGUUCAGAUGCUCCACUGCAGAAACCUUCAUUUCAAGCCCAGGGUUAUGGACAGCCAAAAGGCCUAGUCAGUGAAAGCCUAGAUUUGGGGAGGUCUAUCAAAAAGGCCAUGGAGCAUAAGGGUGUCCAAGACGACUUAUCAGCUGGUUCUGCAGGUUCUGAAAAGCUUCGAAACGCCCAUUUUUCAACUGGAGUUGCAGCUAGUAAAGCAACACGGUCGUUCUUCUCACUGUCAUCAUUUAGGAGCGGUAAAUCAAGCGAGACAAAUCCUCGAUAAACUUCAAACCUUUUAAAGCUCAUUGUGGGAACUGACCAACCGAUGCUUUACUACAAGUUUAGAGCAUUACUACAGAUCUACUACUUUAGUAGACUUUGCCAACCUCUGUAAUUAGUAAGAACUUUUCUUGCUUGGUUUUGUGAUUCUGAGUGUAAAUGUAAUAUCACAAAUAUAUAUUAACUUGAACUUGUGAUAAGUCACUGGUUUAAUUUCCUUGAGAGGGU